AUGGCGGCGGCGAGGAACCUGCUUCUGAGGCACCUCCGCUUGGCGGCGGCCCCGUCAGCGGCGUCCGUGAGGCCGACGGCGUCGCUGCAGGAGGCCCUGUGGGGGCGGCGGUGGAUGUCUUCGGAGGAUGCCAAGGGCUCUUUCCUGGACAAGAGCGAGGUCACUGAACGCAUCAUCAAGGUCGUCAAGAGCUUCCCGAAGAUCGACGACCUCUCCAAGGUGACACCAGAUGCCCAUUUCAAGAAUGAUCUUGGCCUUGACAGUUUGGAUGCAGUGGAGGUUGUCAUGGCCCUUGAAGAGGAAUUCAGAUUCGAGAUACCUGACAAUGAAGCUGACAAGAUUGACUCCAUCAAAGUUGCAGUUGACUUCAUUGCCUCGCACCCACAAGCGAAAUGA